AUGCUGACCUUCCGCCGCGCCCAGGACAAGAUGAACACCCUUCUGUGGCUCGGUACCUUCCAAGGCAGCUUUGCUCUGGCCCCGCACACCGUUGAAGGCCGAUACCUGCAAGGAGAUGCAUGGAAUGAAGAGCUCGACAGGUCUUGGAUGGAGAUGUCUCCAGUGGAGCAGGAUAGACAGCAGGUUCUCUAUGCGUUUCGAUUUGGUGAGCGGCUGUUCGACCUCUUCGGGCAAGCGCUCCACCAAGCACUCACAGGUCUUUGGCUGGUAGACACUCGGGAACCCACCGGCCGGUAUCCAGCGUCGAUGGUGGCCUUGUACGAGCUCGCAAAUAUUCGGACGGUGGAUGCCGGCUUGAUGAGGUGGCUCGCAGAUGGCAUUUUCCGCAACAAGUCUAUCGCCGAGUUCGGGGCGCUCAACGGUGCCAGCUCCGAGUGGCUCAACCGCUCUGGGGCGACGAAGGGGGCCUGGGCCUUUGACGGCGCACCUCGUGUCUUGGAGCUGACGGAAGGACGAGUGGCAGAGAAGGACCUCACGCAACCUUUCCACCUACCGCGGAGCUUCGACUGGGUCCUGUGUCUAGAGGUUGCCGAGCACAUCCCGGAGGCCAAACUGCCUGUCUUCCUUAGCAACCUGCGCCGGCAUCUAAGCCAGGGCUUGGUGUUGAGCUGGUCUUGGUGCGACGUUGGCGGGGAAGGCCACGUGAGCUGCCGCAGUCCCGAGGAAGUGAGAUCCCUCCUGUCUCAGUUCAGCUUGGUGGCUGAUGCUGAAGCCAGCGCAGCUGCCCAGGCAGCCUCCACGGUCUGGUGGAUAGCGCACACUGUCCAAGUGUUUCGUGCGGACGUUUGA